AUGCCACUUAGCGAAUACAAUCUGUUAGAAACUAUAAUUGAUGAUGCUACGCCAAAUUUGCAAAUCCAGGCACUUAAUUUCUACCUACAAAGAGAUUUUGAUAAGCAUAUCACUAUACAAUGUUCUCAACAGUUUCUGAACAAACUGGACAAAUUCAUUUCCAAGAGUUUAAAACAGGGACAUUGUCCAGCUGCCUGUUUGGGUUUUACUGUCAUUUACAAAUAUGGCAAGAACUUGAAACUCCCCACAGCGGAGGACUUCCUUGAUGCAUUAAUUGAGAUUCAAGAGUCUGGAAAAACAGGAUCCAUUCAAGUUACUGAGUCCUUUCUUUAUCCCAUAAGUCAGAUGGCAGUUGACCCCCGAAUCAACAUCCUAAUUCAGAAAGAGGCAAUUCGUAAGUUCAACCUGAUUUUGGACAAAAGCCCAAUGAAGCUAAAGAAAGACGGGAAAAUGCUACAGUCACAAGAGGCGGCACAUGUGAUGUCUAACCUGGCCAACAGAAUAAUAGAUGGAGGGGAUUACGACUUCCAAACAGCUUUGAUGGAGGCUUUGUGUAGAAUGGCCACAUGUGAACAGAGGAGACAGCUGGCAGAUCGCUGGUUUACCAUGGAACAUGUGUCCACAGCAUUUGUGAAGAUCAAAGAUAGCGAGUUUGAGACUGACUGUCGCAAGUUUCUCAACUUGGUCAAUGGAAUUAAAGGAGACAAAAGAAGUGUGUUCUCAUUCCCAUGUCUGGAGGUGUUUUUGGGCAAAAAUGAGCUGCUGAUGCCGGCUGAUGAGAAGCUGGAGGAAUUCUGGAUCGAUUUCAACAUAGGUAGUCACAGCAUCUCCUUCUACUUCUCGUUGCCUGAUGGAGCACAGGAGGAACAGUGGGAAACGAUAUGCAUAAAUGAGAACGAAGUAAAGAGUUACACUGUUAAAGAAGAGGGCAAGAGGAAAAUGCUGAAUCUGGAUAUGUCUGAGGUGGUGAUCGUUGGCUCAGUGGAUGGGUCCUCUCUCACUAUUCACUUCAGCAGUGGCCUGGAUAUUCUGCCUGUAGUUCAGAAAGUUUUUGGGUCCAAAAAAAACACGAGUUUUGUGAGGAAGACAGGAGCUUCAGUGGCGAAAACUACUGUCAAAAUGGUUAUUGACCAGAACAGCGCCACGUCUCAGACUGUCCCAGAAAGCCAAAUGUCACUUGGGGAAAGUGAAAAAUGUGGUGGUUCCAUGAUGAAAACUCCAGCUAAAAUGAGGGCAUCUGAGUCCACCAACUUUAUCAGCAGCAGUGGUGGGGGAGGUGCAAGGUCGGUCUCUUCAGUUCUCCCUGCAGCUAAAUGUAAAGGAAAACCCUCUCUGACGAUGGUCCGCUCUGUUGAGAGGCAAGAACAAAAUGGCAUUGGUGAAUUGAGAACAGCCAAGAGCAGUCUUGACACUACUCCUGUUAUUGCCAGAAGAGAAAAGGACAUGAAUGAAACAAAAAAGAUGACAUAUUUAACAAAACCAAGAGCUACAAUUGUAUCGGAACCAAAGGAAGUUGAGCCUCCACUGGACAGUACUUUUGUGCCGGACUCACAGCCCACAACAAGUAGAAACAUUUCCUCAACAUGGCACAAGUUCUCUGUUUCUGAGAUGCUGAUGUUGCCUACACAAAAAAUGGGCUCCUUGCCAAAAUCUGGAUCUCCACAAAUUUCUGCUCAAAGAAAGUCGGGCCCCUCCUCAGUUCUGAAGACGUCUGCUCCGUCCUCAGGCCCAGUCCAUCCUAAGCAGUUCCACACUGAGCUCACUCAGCGUCUACAGCAAGUUCUGCAUGAGAGGAACAAAUCUGAGUCUUCUCAAUCUGUUGAUUUCCAAAAAGGGAAGGUUUCAGACACCAAGGAAAAGCCAAAAAGCAAUAACGCUGUUGUUGCUGUUGCAUUGAAUUUACCGGAUCUUAAAGAGAAGAGGCCUCGGAGAAGCACCAGGAGCAAAGGGAAUUGUAAGCCACAAGUGGAGGAAGACACUUGUGUAAUGAAAGCUCCCGGGAGGGCUGCUGUCAAAAGUGCCACACUGUCUAAAAAAGAGAAGAGAGAUGCAGAAGUUACUGGUAAGAUGGUGAAGCACAUCUCCAGUCAUUAUGAAGUCAAAGUAAAGGGUAAAAGACUCUCCCAGUUUUUGAUACCCCCAUCACCACUCAUUGGAAGACCUUUCUUCAACAUGAAGUGGCACACAUGUAUGGGAAAUGUCACAACUUUGGUUCAGUCUAAGAGCAAAGAAAGAAGUCAAAGCAAAGAUGUUUUUGCCUUCAAUGUUGAUACACCACAAAGUAUUGGGGUGAACAGAGCUAUCACAUCCUCUACACGAAUUGGUUUCUCAGAAGAUUCAAGCCUUCCCUCCACUAAUAAAAAGCAACAACCACCUCCUAAAACAAAGCGUCAUGUGAAGAAGCAUCUCUUCAGUGACACUGACACUGACCGCGGCACUACAGACGUGAGCUGGCUGAGAGAGUCCAGCAGGAAACCCAAACCCAAAGUGACCAAAUAUCCCAGAGCAGCUCCAACUAAAACUAAAGUGGCCCUAACUCUACCUUCAUCUGAUUCACCAAAGUGGACUGAUCCUUACCUAGUACCAUGCCCAAAACCUGAUGUCAUUGCUCAAUCAACCAAGGUUAAGGCCCAACCGCAGCAGAAAAAAAAGGAGACGUCUGCUGCAGCUCUGAGAGCAGCUGCCAUCAGAAGGUCCUCCAGAGCAGCAGCCCACUCCCUGAAAAGCUACAGGGAGAUGGACAGUGAGGGGAGCCAGUCAGACUCUGAGCUCUUCAAGGUUGGAAAAUUUGAGAAAACCAAUUUGAAUGGAAAAAAUAAUAACAGAAAACUACAAUCAAAACCAUUUGUUGAACCUGAGAUCCAAAUCAGCAGCCAAUCAGACUCAGAAGCAGGCCACACAGUUUUUUCAAUGUGUGCAGUAAAUGAGACUAAGCAAAAAAAGAGGUCCAACUUUGAACGAGUUGCAAACAAAAAACUACGAACAGAAAAUGUAUUUCAAGAUUUUAAAAAGUCACGUGAAGAAGAUAAGUCAGUUAAGCCAGCAAAUAUUCUUAAGGAAAGUGCCAAAAAGAAGAAUGUUGCCCCGGUUAAAGAACAGAGUGGAUCAUUGAAGGAGUCCUGGGCCCAGCGCCAGGCCAUGUCUUCACCGCUCUCUUUUAUCGAGAGGAUGAGAUCUGCGGAGCGGUCAGGCCCGAGCUUAGAUUUGCCUUGUUCCCCAGUUCUGAGCCUACAGGCGUCCCCUCUCACUUUCUCCCCAAACCCUGAUGCUCCAGAGCCCCUGACCCAUACCCCGCCGCUGCCCAAACCAUGCUCCACAGUCACCAGCGCGGGAGACUUCAAGGCACUGAAGCAAAGGGCCUCCAGGACACAGUCCAUUAAGUCUGUGACCUCAAUGCUCUCACUCACCCAAAGAGGUCACUGCAAACCCUUUGGAUCCGGUAGGACUUGUGCUGACCAGAGUCCAGCAAAGGAGGAUCUAUCUUCUUGCUUUCAGUCGCCUCUGUCUUUGUCACGGCCUUUAUUGACGUCCACUCUGGUGAACAAGGAGUGCCUCAGCCUGCCCUCCCUGCCCCCCUCUCCACAGCUAGAGGCCCAGGGCAGUUUUAACAAAAUAUCUCCAGUCUCAGCAGUGUCUCUAAGCCGGGUGUCCACUAAGUCAUCGGUCACAGACAAAGAAGCGGACAGAGCAUCUGCUGCUUUGAGGACAGAGAAAACACCACAGAUGGAUGUAAGCCUCCUGUCUGCAGAGGAUGUGAUGUCAGGCCCAAGUCACAAAAGGCACAUGUUGUACUCUUCGUCAAACAACUCUGAUGAGGAAGACAAAGAAAAAAUGAAGAAAAGCAAAGCGAGAACACAGCACUCUCCUCGAAUGAAGCCAAGAAAGCUCUUUAAAUCGACAACUAAAACUCAUGAACUGAUAGAGAGCUGGGAAGAGCACAGCGCUGUAGACAAAAGCAAGAGUGACAACAUGGCCAAAGCUGCAAAGAAGAAAUCAGAGGAGGAAAAUAUAAGUGUUAAAAAGAGAAGAUUGUCGGCUGAAGGCAGCGUGAGUCAUCUGUUGUCUUCCUCCCACACUGUCACCAGUGGACAUUGGGAUGCAGAUACGGAGGAUGGAGACAUUGAUGAUUUGGACACGCCCAGACUCAACCCAAAGAGUCUCUGCCACGAGUUCUCCUGCAAACUCAAGCAGAAGUUCAAGAGUCGAUUUAGGAUGGUGGAUGUUUAUAACAAACAGUCAUUGAAGACAUUCCAGCAGCACAUUUCUACAAUCGACUCAGAGGUUGCCAAGCACAGAGCCCUGGAAGAGGAGCAGGUGCAGAGGGUCCUUCUGGAGGAGAUUCAUAAACUGGAGCAGGGCGAUACACUGCUGAAAACCAUGGAGAACGACCUCACUAUUCAUUGGAACAAACAGAGUGUGUCCUUUCGAUCUUUACAAAAACAAGAGAAAAAAAGAACUGAAGUGCUGAAAAACACGCUGCAGAAUAACGUGUGUCACAGUCUAGGAGAGGAGCGACUUUUCACAUCACAGAUGUGUCUGAUAAGGAAUGACAUGAAAUCAGCUCAGGACAGGCUUCUCACUGAAAUGACUGCACAGUCCACAGUCCCAGUGACACAUUAUUCAGGUAAGAAAAGUGAAGCUGGUCACAUGCACAACUUCAUCCACUACACGGAUCACGCCGCCUCAUCAAAGGAGUCCAUGAAAUAG